AUGUCGAAACAAUCAGAAGCUAUCAGGCUUCUAGAAGCUCAGCUCUCGCCAAGCAACAGUAUCGAUUGGGUCGUUUACGAGCAGCCCGUUGUUGCACUGUUUUCAAAAACAGGCAAUCCAACAUAUACCGAGUUCGAUCGGGAGCAUCUGAGUGGCCUCAAACUUUGGAUCGCUCACAACGAUGAAGCGAACAAGCUGCUCGUGGUCCUUACUCAAGAGGUCCGGAUGGUAAGCCGGAGGCAACCACGCUUAUUCUAUUUGACUGUCCCAGUCAAAUCACUGGGUUUCGAACCCGUCGGUCCUGCCUCUUGGGCUAUAUCAGACGGCGUUGUGCCUCUGCACGUUGUCGAUGACCCAAAGGCUACAGUCAGCACGUCACGACUUGUGCGCACGUCGUUGUCCCUCGCCGCCAAGUCCUCAGUCCUGAUGCCCAGCUUUCCAUACGCUGGUCGAGUGUCGCCAGAGGCCAUGAGCUUAUUACGCAAGCUCAAGACCCUCUCUGAAGCGUCUUGUUUCGAUCUCUUUAUCUCUUACAGUUCCCCAGCCCUUCAUGGCCUUCUCCAGGUAAAGGACAUUCUCGUAAAGUCUACUGUGACUGGCUUCAAUGUCGACCACACCAACUUCUACUCCGAAGGGAGACAUGCUGUCAUUGACGCAUGGGAAUCGCAGGGUUGGUGUCCACUAGAGGAGGAGGCUCAAGACAGGAGUGGACAGGGGUCAAAACGAAAGCACGACGAAAUCUCAGGAGGUGAAUCCCUACCACCUCCCUAUAGAAGGAACUCAGUGCCAAGGGCUGCGGCAGGGUCCGCGCCAGAGACCACGCCAGGGGUCAUCUCGACGGCUUCCUUCGACAUGGCGCUAAUUCUCUACGAAGAAGUUUGUGACUCUGCACAGGAAUCUGGACACGAGUCGCCCUUAUCCGGAGUGUAUCCAAGGGGCCGCUCGAUCUCACCCNCUAUAGUGGUCGCCACACCCAAGCCCCUGUCGCCGAAUUUCGAGUUUACUAGCCCUCUCGCUCCUGCUAAGCCGCCUCCAAGCUACGAUCUAUCAAUAAAACCUACUGCAGCCGGUCACCGCACCGUGUUGGUGAAGUGGUUGGCCGUUCUAUUGCGUCUGUACCCCGACAUGUACUUCACAUGUGCCUGGGAAUUGCUUACGCUUGGUACGGCAGCCAGAGCAGGAGAUUCAAGGNGGGUGAGGGCUGCACGAGCAAGAUGCAUGGCCACUGUCCUCUGUCAGCAGACAGAGAGUAAAACUCUGCCCCUGAGGAGUGAUGUGAAGGACAUGGUGAGUUGGCUUCUUGUGUUGGACCCCGAGGGCGGGGAUCUGGCGUUCUUGACGCAGGUCACGGAGAUGGCUAAGGGAUGCGAAAGGGGCCUUGGGCCCACCCCUCGUUCGUCAGACGGAGUGCUGUUUGACGAACCUGGCUCCUCUUCUUCAAACGUUUCAGAUGUGGCUCUCUGCAAAGCAACAAUCAUCAUUGACGCGGCCAUGAAAUAUGGAGAUGUUUGGAAAGACAAAUCAGGACUCCUGAAAGUGUUGAUGGACGUUGAACUCAAGUAUAGAUGA